AUGUGGGCCACGCGGGCCUGGGGCCUGCUCGGAGCGAUUCCUUGGCCGAUCUGGGCCAUCGAGACUGGGGAAAUCUUCUCCGAACUGCAAUCCUAUGUGAGAGAUCCCAUCGCCCGGCACACCGCCUGUGCGGUGGAUGCGGACACGCCGACAGUUUGCGUACUGGAGGGCUUCGUAGGCGGAACCACUGAUCUUGAUUACUACAUCCUGACGCUUCCAGAAGAGGGCCUGCUUUACGAAACCUCCCCGAACUUUCGCAGCUUCGGCUCCGAGCCCCUGCAGGCCCCGGACCCCAUCGGUCCGCAUCUGCUACCCUUUCUGGUGACAGAUCCGAAGCACCAGGUAGUCUAUGUCCCUCCUCCAAACAAAUGGCCCACUCCGAAUGCUUGGACGACGUUCACAUUCGUCGUGCGGUCGCUUAUUGGACUUAGUCAAGAUGGCGAAACCAUUAUCGAUGUCCAAUCUGAACCAGGUCUCGUUGUACUAGUUAACCCUCAUCGGCAAAUUGCCGGCUCUGACUUUAACCUAGCUGCAGAUGGAGCGGAUGGCUGGACAGUAUCCGGUCAACUGGAAGUUGUGGGAGGCAACACGCCCAGUGCUGGGGUGAGGCACCAGGCUGUUUCGUGGGGUGGCCUGAACCAGUACAUUUAUGGUGCCGACGAAGUCCAAAGCCUGGACUUUGCCACUGGCAUUGAUUUAGCCAAGUGGUACUUCGAAGCGUCCCCGAAGGUUUAUCACAAAAAGGAGAUGGCAGUGGCAUACGGAGGAACUUUGCGCUUCCGGGUGCGUGCGCAGUAUGGCGACUUCCUGGAGUUGAACGCUCCGUUGGACUGGGUGACAAUCGAGUGUGAGUCCUGCGACACAGGCCACGGGGCUCGCAUCAUUCGUUUUGUCGACGAUACCCUGCGCUGGAUCGGGAACGAAGUCUACAUGGAGUUUCUGCUGAAUGAAAAUGGAAGGUGGUCCUACGACCCCUUGAAUUCUGCUGCAGACUUCCAGUAUGCGACAGCAUGCCAGAUCGCGGCCAUAUUGACGCUGGACCAAUCCAUGAGCAAGGACAAAUGUUUCGAGAAUUGCAAUCCUUGGCGAUUUCACUCGAGGCACCCUGUCGUGGAAAUGCUCGAUUGCGGCGAGGGCAUAGCCUUGGACGACGUGGCCGUUGUGGCUGCAGAUGCUUCGGAGCUACUUGGUGUCGAGCCUUCCUCCUGUGCAUCCAGAACUGGAUGCCAUCCUGGCAAAGUCUUCAGAAGUGAGAUGGCUCGGAUGUUGGAGCAGGUAGCCAGCUGGCCUAGUGGCGGCCUAGCUUGCCCCAGUUGCGCAGGGAAAAAGGGCUGA